GAGACGGCGAGUACAGCUUCGCGCGCGGGAGGCUGCCGCCUGCGGGCUGUAGCUGUAACCAGCGCAGGCAGGCACGGUCGGUACGGGCGCGGAGGCACAGCGCGCCUGACGCCUGACGGGCGACGGCUGGGCGUGGGGGAGCGCGCGUUGGCUUUGCGACUUGCGAGUCGCUUGUCGCCAUUCGAUUCGCACGAGGCGCAGAGCGCGGGGGAUUGACAUUGGCUCGCCACCGGCUGUACGCCCUCUCCUCCUCCUCUUCUUCCUCUCCCUCGGCCUCGGUCCCUCCCGUCGCGCUCUCGCCUCUGCGUCUGCGCUUCUCUCCAGUUCUCCUUGUCGUCGAGCGGGAGCGCCGAGAGAGAGAGAUGCGACCGCGAUGCCCCCACUCGUCCCCUCGCUGCUCCUCCCAAUCCCAGCCUUGAUCCUACCCGCGCCACCUCGCCUCUCCCGCCACCGCUGCUUCCUGCCCGCCGUGUCCUCCUCCUCCUCCUCCUCGUCGUCCCCGCACUCCAGGGAGCCAUACCGCCGCCGCCGACGCGACACCCCGAGCCAGACACCGACGCCUGCGCCGCGCCCAUCCUCCCAGCCGCAGCCGCCUCCGCGCCGCGCAAAUGCCGCCACGCCCGGCGCUCGGAGUCAGGAGGAGCUGGAGGCGGCGAUCUACGACUUCAUGUGCCGCUCCGCCAAGCCGGGAGCCUUCCCCACCCGCGAGGAGCUCGUCGCGGCCGGCCGCUCCGACCUCGCGGCCGCCGUCGCGUCCAGCGGGGGCUGGCUCUCCCUAGGCUGGUCCUCCACCGCCGCGGAGGGCCCCGCGACGACGGCUGCACCGUGCUCAUCAGGCGGGGGCCACCCUGACUACCCGCCUGAGACGGGCGUGUAUUACCGUGGUGAUCUAGCGCCCGUCUCGGUGGAGGACUCCGAGUGGGAGGACGACGAAGAGGAUGCCUCACCAUCUGGGCGGGAGUCGGGAACAGAGGAGGCCAGCGAGGUCCGGCUCAACGCAGGAAUCGAGGGGAUGCUCACCAGGCUGCAGAAGGAUAGAGAGCGAGCGCGGCCACCUCCACGGACUAGUACCCACGACACACAGGGCCAAAGUGACGAUGAUGCGGGCAACAGUGGCGCUCCUAGCCAUACAGCGGCUGGUGGCAGGCAUAUUCCAAGGGCUCCUGAGAAUGGAAGUGUCCAUGGAUCUCAUUCUCAAAAUGGAACAAUAGAGGGCAACAGCACCUUUCAGGGUUCGAACGAUGAUGCAUGGCAAACAUGGACCCUUGGCAAGGGCGAUUUAUCUCAUUUUGAAGCUGCUGAGGUCUUACCUAUUGAAAGAAGAAAAGUAUCCCGACAUGAUGACAUUGCAUCCGUGCAAAAUGACAUUCACAGGUCAUCUAAUGGUGUGGCUGUAAGCGAUUUUUCUAGCGAUGGUGUUGGCACUGGAAGAGAUGAGAUACAUUCACGGCUUCAAAUUCUGGAAUUGGACCUUUCUGCUGCUCUCAAGACAUUAAGAUCAAGAUUUGACAAAGUUUUAUCAGAUUUGUCAAAUAGUAAUGGAGCAACUGUGUUGGAUGACAUCUCUGAUGAUUGGGAAUUUGAGGAGACAAAGGUAAUGCAAGCUCAGGAGGAGUUAAGAUCAAUCCGGGCUAAAAUAGCUGUGUUAGAAGGGAAGAUGGCUCUUGAGAUAAUUGAAAGGAACAAAAUAAUUGAAGAUAAACAAAGGAGGCUUGAUAAAGUUGAGAAGGCACUGAGUGAGCUCCGUACUGUCUGUAUUAUGUGGGCCAACCCUGCUUCAGAUGUUUUAGUGGUUGGGUCCUUUGAUGGCUGGACAAGUCAAAGAAAGUUGGAAAGAUCAGAAAACGGCAUGUUUUCCUUAAAUCUGAGACUGUACCCUGGUAGAUAUGAGAAUGCAGCUAGGAAUCGCCGCGGAGGUUUUGUUUGCGGUGGCAAGAGUAUUUCUUCCAGCCAAGGUACGGCAUGAAGACCAAGUGACCAACCGGAAGUGAACUUUGAAGGCAUUCGUUUAUCCAGUUCCGCGUCAACGAAGUGUGAAGGCAUGUCAAGGAGUAAAUGCUUGCAAUCAUAAUCUGGUAACUGAGCUAAAGCUUUCAUUCAAUCUUACAUCCAUUUGUAUUUCAGUUUAACCACUUACAAGUAACAAGAAACCAACUGUUUUGUUUCUUUCUCCUCUUUCAUCAGCCACUUUGACCAUCCUAUAGAUUCAAAUGAAAGGACAGUAACAAAAAUAUAAAGUAAUAACAGAGAGAGAGAGAGAGAGAGAGAGAGAGAGAGAGAGGCGUCGAUAUCAAACAACUACUAUGGUAGAUACAAAAUAAUUAUCAUGACCUUAUUUUAAGGCCCCUUUUUUUUCCUGUUGCUCUGCCAAGGCCAUAACAUAAUUACCCAAGCCACCAAGCAAACUGCCAUCAGGACCGCAUAGAGCUGAGUCCCAUUCAUGCCCGCACUCGUCGUGAUCGUGAGACGACGGUUACCUCGGCGGAUCAGUUGCUGGCCCCCUUGAACCUGUACCACCUGGCGCAGAUGACGAAGUAGAUGAAGUUAAAGACGCCGAUUCCGGCGAUGGUCCAG